GCAGACCUUGAGUUAGAGGAGAGAGCAAAGGGCCUGGAAGAACAGCUGAGGCAAAAAAUAGUGCACGAGACAAAGACUGAAGCAGUAUCCACAGUUUUCACUUGCAAGCCUAGACCCUGAUUAGCCACACAGGAGCAACUCACAUCUUUAUUACACCAAAACCACUUUCUUAAGCUGAAUCCAUGAGAAGAGCUACAAUGAGGACACCGGUCAUCUCAGCUGCCCUUUUUCUUUUGGUGCUAGAUCUGACAUGGGCUCAGAACCCGUUAAAGAAGCAUGCGGUUCCACCGAAAGCGACAAAGAUGCAGUGCUGCGAUGAUGUACGAGCCUUGAAGGUGCAGGUGGCAAACCUCACCAGCCUGCUGGAGGAGCUGAGCAAGAAGCAGGAGUCAGAUCGGAUCACCUUGGUGAAGCAAGUGAUGGAGCUAGAAAAACUGAACCAGCAACAAGAAGCCAGAGUAACUGAAGCAGAAAGCAAGUAUUCAGAGAUCAACAACCGUGUGGACAUUAUGCAGUUUCAAGCCAUGCAGGGUGCCCCUCAAACUACCUUAGAUGCAAUCUAUGACUGUGCGUCACUGUACAACAGGAACUACAGAAUUUCAGGGCUUUACAAAUUGCCCAAAGAUGAAUUUUUGGGCACACCUGAACUGGAGGUGUUCUGUGAUAUGGAGAAAAAUGGAGGUGGAUGGACAGUCAUCCAGAGACGUAGAGUAGGUCUGACCAGCUUUGACCGGGAUUGGAAGCAGUACAAGAAUGGCUUUGGUACAAUCAAUGGGGACUUCUGGCUUGGCAAUGAGAACAUCUAUCGCCUGACCCGGCAGCCCACAGUGCUCCGGAUAGAGCUGGAGGACUGGGAGGGAGCUACACGCUACGCUCAGUAUGGUUUCUUCACGGUGAGCAAUGAGCUGAACAGCUACAAGCUCUUCAUCGCCAACUACAGUGGGAACGCUGGGGACUCACUUCGCUACCACAAUAACACCAACUUCAGCACCAAGAACAAGGACAAUGACAAGUGUGUGGACGACUGUGCUCAACUCCGCAAAGGUGGCUACUGGUACAACUGCUGCACAGACUCAAACCUGAAUGGUGUGUUCUAUCGCCACGGGAUGCACACCAGGAACUCCGAUGGCAUCACUUGGUACGGCUGGCAUGGACCAAACUACUCCCUCAAACGGGUUGAGAUGAAGAUCCGACCCCAGAGCUUCAGUCCUUAAAGUUAAAUUAAGUGCCCUUUGCUUCCAAUAACCACAUGCAAACCAUAUACAAUACACACAAAUGCCUUCUGCCUUUACCUGGGUAAAAAAAAUCUCUAUGCAUUUUUCUUACAGAAUGUUUCUGGAUUGAAUGUGUGAUGAGUGAUGUAUGAUUGUAAAGUGCUGUUUUGAUAUUUAUCUCAGAUUUCUUUUUAUUUUCUUUAAGCUUUUCUUCCUGGAUUGUCCUAUUGAACAAUGAGCAAAGAUUCUGCCUCAUAUUAGGCUUAUGGUUGAAUAAAGAAGGCCUGUUUCAUCA